UUAUUUAACGUUUUUAUUGUUCAAUAAGCUUAAAAUUUGUAUAAAUGGACCUGUUAAACUCUAUCGAAGAAUCCAAACUCGCAUUAAAUUUAUUUUUGGAAAAUCGUUUCGAUUUGGCUGAGAAAAAGCUGGCAAAGUUUGUAGAUUGUUCAAUAUACCAUUCAUUGGGGAAUGGUUUAUUAUUAAUGAUUAGAGCCUUGAUGAGCUUCGAAAGGAAUGAUAUUGAUAAAGCAAUUGAAGCUAUUGAUAGGGGCCUUUGCUUGAUUCAAAAAUUUAGAGGGAAGCAGUGUCGAACAAUGUAA